AUGCAGACUGGAAAUAAUGGCAAACCACUUCUUGAUGUUGUGGCCGCCUCAGAAAAGUUCAAAAUAACGCUUCUUGUCCGCAAGCCGCCAGAGAACUACAUAGAUAUCGUCCCCGACUCUGUGACGGUCAAGCAGGUUGAUUUCCAAUCUCAUGCCUCGCUUGUGGCUGCUUUCCGAGGUAUUGACGCGGUGGUCAGCGUUGUGGCAUUCGGUCCACAGUCAGAUAUAGACGUGGUAGAGAUAGGAAUGAUCAACGCCGCGAUUGAGGCCGGUGUGAAGUUCUUUAUUCCAUCAGAGUGGGCGCCUGACUCGGCUGGGGCGAAUGUGACGGAGGACCCUUGGAUAGGGAGGUCACUCCGACCAAAUGCCGUUCUCGCUCCAAAAAGGGCAGUACACAAUUAUCUCAUGGCAAGAGCAGCGCAAAACCAGAUUGCUUUCGCCGUUGUGUAUACUGGAGUUAUCAUUCCAACCAGUCUCGCCGUAGGCUUGAUAGCAUUCGACUUCCAGAACAGGACUGCAGUGUUGCCAGAUCACGGCCUUCCCCCCUUCUCCGCUACAACCUUGGCAACUACGGGGUCGGCUGUCGUUGCUGUACUUUCAGCGGCGUUUUCCACCGGUGUGAAGAAUCGGUUCCUCCAUAUUUCAGACUUUACAACAUCCCUGGCAGAGAUUUUGACCAUGAUAGAGACGUUGGACGGAGUAGGCUGGAAACGGAAGAAUAUCGCGGCACGAGAACAUACGAUUUAUAGCAUGGCUGCUGUGGAUGCCGGGACGUUUGGAAGAACGCAAUUCUCGGGAGCACUGAUUAGUCCAUUCUUUGGAGGGGUUCCCCCAUGGCAACAUCAGGAUAAUGAGCUACUUGGACUUGGACAAGAGAAAAGUCUGACGGAAGAAGUGACCAUAGUGCUUGAGGCGUCUAGAACCAAUCGCUAA